GAGCCUAAUUCAUAACAGAGUCCUUCAAAUUUGAAUUCAUCAAAUUAAGAUAUGAAAGAUGACUGAACUUGUUUUCCAUGGGUUUAGAUAAAAUGACAUCUGUCAGUCAUAUUUUUACUAGUUUUUAAUGAAAUAUCUUUAGUAUGAGCAUACUGGUUAUUGGAACUUCGAUAUUGAUAAGAAGAAGUGAUGGUAGAGUUCAACCUGCUGUUGUAUCUUCAGUGGACUAUGAACUACAAUAUGUCAAUGUCGAGUGGUUUGAAAAUGGGGAAAUAAAAGGAAAAGAAAUUCAUUUCAGUAGUAUACAAACUUUAAAUCCAGAUAUUGUUAUUGCCACUUCAAGGAAUAGGGAAAAUCAUAGUACAGGCUGUUUCAAUAAAAUUGAUGAUAGCUUUGUCAACAAAAAUAAGAGACAUUCAUCAGUUGGUCAAGAAAACCGAGUGCAAUCUGCAAAACCAAGAUUAACUCAAAGUUAUGCAAAGAACCCUUCAACAAUAGCAACUGAGCUCGUUGUAGAAGGUAAACGUUUACCCAAUCCCAAAACCAGUCGUUCAGUUAGUGAAAAUCUGUCAAAGUUCAAAGAAAGUGCUACUUUGAAAAAGUUGAACAAACUGGAGCAAGACCGAAUAGAGAGAAGAAAGAAGAAUGCUGAAGUGAAAGCAGAGAAAGAAGAGUUUUAUAGAAAGAAUCGCAACAAUCCUCACUGGGAACUGUUGAACAUGAUUGUGCAGUACCGAAACACUAUAGAAUUCAAUCCUUUAUCGAACGCAGAUGCGAUUGAAGAUCAUUUAAUAACAGUUGCUGUAAGAAAGAGACCUCUCAACGAUGCCGAUAUGCAGAAAAAAGAAAUUGAUAUUAUCACCAUUCCCAGUAAAAAACAGUUGAUUGUGCACGAGCCUAAAUACAAAGUGGAUUUAACCAAAUACCUCGAAAAUCAUACAUUUACCUUUGAUUAUACUUUUGAUGAUAAUAGCACGAAUGAGAUUGUAUACAGAUAUACCGCCCAACCCCUGGUGAAGACAGUUUUUCAGGGGGGAUUUGCAACUUGCUUUGCCUAUGGACAAACGGGGUCAGGAAAAACUUACACAAUGAGCGGAAAUUUGGCUGAUCCUAAGGCAAGAGGAAUCUACGCUCUCACUGCUGCUGAUAUCUUCAAGGAAGUACACUCCCAGAAAUACAAACACUCAGCUCUAAGUGUUUCAUGUAGUUUUUUUGAAAUUUACGUUAAAAAAGUAUCUGAUUUAUUGAACAGUAAAAAGUGUUUGAAAAUACUAGAAGAUGGUCGGCAGCAAGUGCAAAUAGUGGGAUUGACAGAAAAAAUUGUUAACUCUGUUGAUGAAGUCUUACAGCUGAUAAAAUUAGGCAACGAAGAACGUGCUUCAGGACAAACCUCAGCGAAUUCAAACUCCUCUAGAUCACAUGCUGUUUUUCAGAUUUACCUUCGUAGUGAUGAUGGCUCUAAAAAGCUACACGGAAAGUUUUCUCUUAUUGACCUGGCAGGAAACGAGCGAGGUGCUGAUACAUUUUCCUCAUCUAAAAUAACCAGACUGGAAGGGUCAGAAAUUAAUCAGUCGUUACUUUCUCUGAAAGAAUGUAUUCGAGCUUUGGGAAGAAAAGGUACUCACUUACCUUUCAGAGGUUCCAAACUGACGCAAGUACUUCGAGAUUCCUUUGUGGGGGCCAAUUCUAAGACGUGCAUGAUUGCUAUGGUCUCACCUGGAGUCAGUUCAUGCGAAAACACUUUGAACACCCUUCGCUAUGCCGAUAGGGUUAAAGAGUUGGGAGGUUGUGAAAUUCAUUUGAAUAAGUCUUCGGAAAACGAUUUUAAUGACGCUUCUACUAGUUUUUACAGUUCUCACAGUAUCACUGCUUCCCCAAAUCAGAAGAGUUUCGAAAAAAUAGAGAAACCAAGAAAAAUGAAACUUGAGGACAGGAUAAUAGGUAUGCACAAAGAAGUAGUGAGAAAACUGAAGAAGAGUUCCCAAGAAGCUGAAGAGCUGUUGUUAACUUCAAAAUAUGAUGUAGAGAAGUACAAUAUGAAUUGGAACAUGUUAAUUGAAGAUGUUGUUACUUAUUUGAGGAAGGCCAAAAUAUGACACUAGUAGCUGUUUCAUAUGAAAUUUUUAACUGCAGAUGUAGUUUCAUUAAAAAAUUGUUGAUGAGUGA